AUUUCUAAUCAUUGUAUUAUUCUAAAGAAUCUCAAAAAUCGGUGUUUAUUAAAAGUUCAACUGAAUUAUACGCCUUGCUGUGAUGGCAAACGUGACGGUAGUGUUCGAGUACGAGGAACCGGAGUUCUGCCGGUUGUGUCUGUCGGAACCAAGUGACGAUAACGAAUUAACAAAGAUCGGCGAGAGUCGCAUAUGCGGCAAGGUCGGUGCCAUUCCAGUGAUUGAAACUUUAUUGCAAAUAAAGCUUGAUCCUCAAGCCGACUCUAACUCUUCAAUUUGCUCCACUUGUUUGGAGAGUUUGGAAGAAUUUCACCGUUACAGCAUUCGAUGCCGAACAAACAAUACAAAACUAUUGAAUAAAAUUCAGGAACGUAACGAGCGGCAGAUAGCGCUGGCUAAAAAUGCAAUUGAUCACACCAAGGUAUUGGACGAGGUGGGCGAAGGGGAUCCCAUUAAGGUAAUAUUACGGACGAACGCUGAAGGAAAAACGUCCAUUCGGGUAGAGAUUCAAAAGGGCCCUCCACAAGUUAAAACCGAACGAGAUUUGGCAGCUGCAAACGAGAAUCAGCAACAAUCAGCGGACGUUGUUAAGAAAGUAAAGUCAGUUCCGCCCCCUCCAGACGUGAUGGUUUCUGGCAAGCUAACGCUGCAACGGGUGCUACCGAUCGCUCAGUUCUACUUUUACUAUGCAACCGACGACAGUUAUGGGUUUAUUUACGGUGGCUAUCGGUACAACAAUUCUAUUCCACGAAAGAAAAUUACCUACUGGGUGUGUGAGCAGCGAAAGAGCCACAACUGCUCAACGCUGUUGGCAACGGACAAGAAUUACAGUUACUUCUUCAUAAACUCGGGUCACAACCACGAUCCGCCUGCACUGCCGGAUAAACUGAUUAUUUACAAACCGCAGGAUGUGUUGCCGGAGGUAAUACAACACGAGCAAAUUCGCGAGCAGGAGCUGGCAAGACGCAAAGCUAAACAGCUAGAACAGGAAACGCCUUUGACACAAGAAGAAUCUGAAGCAUUGGAGACGGAAAUCAAACAGGAAUCGUCAGAUUCCGAAGACGAGUACACACCACAUGAGCUAUUUGAAAUAUCUGACUCGGAUCAUAUCGAAUUUCUUGCGGAUGGAGCAAUCAAAACGGAAAAGGAUGCAGACGAAACCUCGCAGGCGUCCGCGUCUUCUAAAAUCCAAAUAGAUGCGGAUGGAUCUCUGUUUGUUAUUAAAGAACUUGCCUAAGGCAAUCGGUUACAUACUCCAAUUUGCAUACUUACCUAUAUAUUCCAAUAAAACAACGGCU